AUGCAAGAGUUCAUCACACAGUCAAAAGAACUACUGGAUGCAAUUGAGCAAUCUGUGAAGUAUGAAGAGUCCCAACUAGCUGUUGCUCAUGAGCGCCAUACGUUGUCCUUCUUGCACACGCAUGCUUGUUUGAUGCGGCUUUUGAACGCAUUAGACAUUGCUCCAGUUCGCAUGGCUAUAACAAGGGCUUCUUCGGAAAAUCAUUUGAAGUUACUGGACGUACUGCGGAAUCUCACUACCGCACCGGUACUUGAUAACUGGCCCGGGACGAGCACUGCCGCAUUGUCUGAUGUUACAUCGUUUUUACAGCAACAACCUUCAUUAAGCGCCGCAGCCGAACAUAUCAAUAACUUUGUUCUCGGUCGUUCCGUACCCAUACCACUACCUAGUGACUUUGAUGGCUCGCAUAAAAAGUUCACGUACAAGGAUGCUCGCAUUCUGUGUUUCCGGCUACUCGCGACAUCGUCUGUUCAGCGAUCUAUGGGGUUGCCCAGUCGCCCCGCGUCGGUGGUGUCUUCCGUUCAUGAAGAACAUCCUUACGAGGCCCAUGAGCGUGAUAUUGAGCAACCAGUGAAAGUUAGUGCCACAGCGGAUCAAGCGCUUGAGCACGCACCGUCGACGCCCACCCGAGGUGACUUUUCCAGUGCACCCGAGUCCAAUACUCCUGAGUUUACGGACACUACGACGACCAACCUUGGAAUCCUAGAUCAGGUGAUUAAGCCUCUCGGUGGAACGUUUAACUUCUUACAGGCUUCAAAAGUUGUUGCUCCGGAUCCGAUAAUGUUGAUCCAAUCACCUGUGCGCGAAGAAGUUCCUCCUAUAUCGGCAACCAAUGGAGUUUCUGACCGUCAGCGUCUUGAUUCUCAUCCAACGAAUCAGUCGAUGGAGCCAUCACCGGUAGCUGUUGAGAGAUGUUAUACACCGGUGACUCAGAACAAAUCCCCGACAAAUUAUACCAUUCCAGUGGAGCCUCAUGUGGAGAUGCUCUCAACUCAAACCGGUCGGGAUUUACCAGUUGAGGAGAUCCCCGAACAAAUUCAUCACGAGGACGAGGAGGAGUUACAGCUGUCUGCUCCUGUCUCAUCGAAACCUGUUUCCUAUGCAGAUCUUGUUCGUCGUCAGGGCUAUCAUCGACCACCAAUCCAUCCUCAACCAACCGGAAUUGAGAUUCGCAAGCAAGAAUCGUACACAGGUUCUCAUACAGACACAGAUGCCUCAGCAGAAAUCACUCAGAACGGUUAUCAUGCUAUGCUCCCUGGUACUCGUGGUUCUUUCGGGCGAGGUGGUUCGGCUCGAGGUCGCGGUCAGGGCGAAUUCCGCGGUGGUGGUAGAGGUGGACAAAACCGGGGUGGUUUUACGGGUGCGCCGCGACGUGUUGGUGGUCCCCGUGGCGGCAGAUACGAUUCGGGAUCUGGACGUGGGGGUCCAGCGUAUCGAGGGAUGCCUGCUGGCAUCACACAAUCCACCUAUUAA